AAAGCUUCCCAAGCAGCUUCGGUCCAUUUCCGGUAAAAACCGCACUUAGCCCCGUCCACGCUGCGAAGAGAGGACACGAUUCUCACAACAACCUCAAAAAGACAACACCAUCACAACAAAGAUAGGAAAGAAGAGAUGAAGCACUUCUCAACCAUCCUAGAAGCACUCAACCAUCAUGCCACAGUGACUCCUGCUAAGGUUGUCUUUACCUGGGUUGACGACAAGUGUAAGGAACAGUGCAAGAUGACUUGCAAGCAAUUGGAGGAUGAAUCCAAUGCUGUGGCGGAUCAUCUCCUCAAGCUGGGAUGCAAAAAGGGGGAACGUGUCAUGGUGGCAUAUCCAUUUGGCCUUGAGUUCUUGGCUGGAAUGUUUGGAGCCAUGAAGAUUGGAGUCAUCCCUUGCUCUAUCUACCCACCAAACCCCAAUCAGCUAAAAACAGAAAUGCCCAAAUUCCGUGGAUUUGCGGAGGAUGCCGGAGCCAAGUAUGCACUAACCAGUGCAACCUUUGCCACUGCCAUGACUGCAGCCAGCAUCCUCUACAAGACUGGUGUAAAAUGGAUUGGGACUGACAAGCUACCCAUCAAGAAACGCAACCCAAACAAGCCCAAAGACUAUGAGCAAUUUGUAGGAGAACCCCAAGAUAUCUGUUUCAUCCAGUACACCUCUGGCAGUACUGGUCGACCUAAGGGUGUCAUGAUUAGCCACAGCAAUCUAGCAGAAAACAUUCUAGGUAUCAGUGCCAUGUCAGGUACAGAAGUUUUGAGCUCCACAGUCGCAGCUUUGUGGGUUCCACAAUAUCAUGACAUGGGCCUUGUUGCUGGUUUUAUGUCUUCCCUCUAUGCUGGUAUCCAUCUUGUCAUGGCAUCACCCCUGGAUUUUGUGGUCAAUCCACUGCUUUGGACUGACAUGGUGGAGAAAUAUCAGGCAAACCUUACCUGUGCCCCUAACUUUGCUUAUGCCUUGCUCCUCAAACGUUUGGAGCAGGCCAAUCGAACUGCAAACUGGAGUUGUGUAAGGCGUGCCAUGUUUGGGGGUGAACCAGCCCAGAGCCAUGUUGUGGGAGCAGCAGCAAAGACCCUCUCAAUCAAGCCUGAGCAUGUAUACAACAUCUAUGGACUUGCAGAGUCUGUGGUGUUUCUCACAGGUGGCUCUGCAUACCCUGACUCCGAAGGGCUUGUCUGCUGUGGUGGAGUUGACUCCCCAACUCUCAAGCUUCGAAUUGUCAAGGAUGGAAAAGCGGUGGAGGAGGGACAUGUUGGGAGUAUCUGGGCCCAGUCUCCCCGGGUGGCUGCUGGUUACUAUGGACAACCUGAACUUACUACAUCCACCUUUGCAAAUAUCUUGCCAGGCUAUGAUGGAAGCUGGCUUGACACUGGAGAUUUGGGAAAGGUUGUGGAUGGACAGCUAUACGUCACUGGAAGGGUCAAAGAUGUCAUCAUUAUCAAUGGAAAGAACUACUAUCCAACUGAUGUGGAGCUCUCUAUUGAUGAUAUCUUUGGCGACGUUAUCCGUCCAGGCAGGACCACUGCCUUCCAGCAUGGGGAGGACAGUGUUGGAAUCACUGUCGAAGGACGCAAAGGUUUUGACAAGGCUGCAAAUGAAGAUUUGGCUAUUCAGAUAGCAAACCAUGUCUCCCAAGCACAUGGGCUGCUUGCCUCAGAGGUAGUUGUCCUCAAGCUUGGUGUGACACCCAAGACCACAUCUGGCAAGCUAAAGAGAAGUGAGAUCAGACAGACUACAAUUGCAGGUGAUUGGAAGGCAUCUGAUGUGCUCCUACGAUUCCAACGACAGGCAAACGUAUCACCCCCCAAGAAGAGCUCUUUCCUUGAGCACAGCUUAUUUGCAAUGAACGGGGUUGCAAGCAGUGAGUUCUAUUUGUCCAAAGGAACUCAACAGCCUGUGGACCCAGAUGACUUCUCCACCAGAUAUGCGAACACCAUCACAUCUGUCUUUGGUCAUGCAGUUGAAACAUCAAAAUCAUGGGCUGAAAAUGGACUCACAUCACUCAUGAGUGCUGAGCUGAGGAACCGAGUGGAGGAGGAAUUGCAUAUUGUGUUACCAGUGAACUUUGAGCAACUUUGUGCAACACCAAAAGACCUGUACGAGUUUCUGGUCACAUCUGAGGGGAAGAGGUUUCCCACGCAAACCAUCGAUGAUCACCCAGGCUUUCAAUGGAAUUCAUCCAGAUCCAGGCUGAGGAAGUUACAGCUUGGAGUUAUCCAAUCCCUUGGGUCAGCUCUGAUUCUUCUCUUACUCUUGAUCUCAGCUGUUCCGUCCUACUUCCUAGUAUCCUGGGUUCUGGACCAAUGUGACUCGCCUGAAGAUGGAGAUUGCCGCCGCCCAGUAUUUUGGGCUCUUAUGCCCCUGACCUUUCCUCUCUUCAUCCUAUCCUUCUCAUUGAUUGUGGUUUUAUGCAAGGUUGUUGUUGUUGGGAAGUACCUUCCAAGACAAUUUGAGCUUUUAUCCUGGGAUUACAUCCAAUGGUGGUUUGUUGACAGGAUUCUGGAUGUUUGGGAAUACCUUGCAGGACAUCUUGUUCUAGGAACCAAGUACAUUUGGAUCUUCUACUGGAUUCUUGGUGCUGACCUGGCGUGGUCUGCCAAGAUUGAGUCCUAUAUCCGUGAAUUUGACCUUGUGAAGGUGGGGAGCAACACAAGUAUCGGUCACCCUCUGAAGUGCAGAAAAUUCUCUUGGUCAACAGAAGACAGUCCAAUGAUCACAUUCUGGCCAAUUGUUGUGGGAAAUAACUGUCAAAUCUCUGGUAUGGUGAGUCCACGGGCCACAAUUGGGGAUGGAAGCAAAGUAGCAAAGCUUUCAGUUGUUGAAGAGGGUGCUGUGGUACCUGAUGGCGUCCUUGCCAAAGGCAACCCGGCAUGCCAUGCUGGAUCAUUUAUUCGUCGCGAAUCAAGUUUGUUGGAGGAGUCCAUUUUGGAUGUCUUCAAGAUGGUUUGGAUCAUGUUUGAGGCAUACCAUCUUUUUACACUUGCCUUUGUUGUUAGCAUUGUGCUGAAUCAAAUCUUGCCUUCAUGGCGGUAUGGAGGUAUUCUUUAUUGGAUCCUGUUGUUGCCAUUCACUUCCAUCCUGGCACUUUGCUCCAGCUUGGCCUUCAAGUGGCUUCUGAUUGGAAAACGGAACCCAUCAGAUGAGUAUGAGGGCUCACUCUACCGCCGUGCAACCAACUGGGCAUGUGACUUCCAUUUCCAUGCAGCUGGAUUUACUCUUGCUCCUUUCUGUGGCGCAUCAAAAGUCUGGAACAUUAUCUUCUUCCUACAUGGCCUUGACAUUGACUUUGAGUCACGCAUAAAUGGUCUCUAUGUACAUUUCCAACCCUCAAAGGUUGAUUUUGUGAAGAUCCGGAAGUCUUUUGCCUCAGCCAUCUCGCUAGACUUGAACAAGCAAGGAGGUGGCAAGAUUGAGAUCAUCAACAGCAGCAUUGGUUACAAUGCCAAUCUUCAUUCCGGUGUCAAGAUUAUGCAAUCUACAAUUCCUCCAAGGUCAGAUGUGUCUGAAAGUGUUUAUGAGCUGAACCAACAAUCAAGCCAUGAUGUGUCCAAGCCUAGUAGCAGUACCACACUACACGAGCUGCUGCAGGCUUUGUUGAAUGUGACUCUUUUUGCCUCCAUCAUACCUUCCUACGAGAUUGGCCUUGCGGCUACAACCAGUUCAUCAUCUGGCAUUGCUGCGCUUGGGUUGGUCACAGCUUUUGUACUACAGUGGUUUGUUUGGAUACUCUUGACAAGAGCUGUUGAGGGCAUACUAUACAAGUUGCCAAAGCACACCCACAUCAGUUUUUUUGGACUAUACAUCAAUGCUGUAUGGGUCUUUCGUGUUGGCAAUUUGUUGGAGAAAGUCCUGUACGGAACUCCAAUGUUUGGCCACUAUGCAAAGUUAAUGGGUGCUGAAGUCAGUGGGGACCUCUGGUACUUUGGUGACGAACUAUAUGAGUAUGGUAAACUACACUUCAAAGGAGGUGUGCUUGUGGACAGUUCCCAUUUGAGUGGACACUACGUUGAUGGAAAUGGGCUGACCUUGCAAGACACCCAUGUCUCUGGCAUUCUGCAUCCAGGGUGCUAUGCCUCUGCUGGCUCAGUAGUAUCUAGAAAGGAAAAUGGUCCAUGGCGAACUUUCUUGAGAAACCUUGACAGCAAGGAGGAAUCAACCAAACCUGAAUUUGAAGUUUAGUAUCUUGGGAAAGGAAUCUUUCCUUUUAGUGUUAUUGUUCCAUUUUUUAAAAUUGAUGGCUUGUGGCUUCCUAGUUUCAUUAGCAACCUGCUAGCUGGCAAUAGUGCAACAAUAGAAGGA